UUGUGCCCACGCUGUUUCUGCGAUGUUUUUUCGCAGUCGCAGUUCAGUAUUUUCACCCAUUUGUCUCGAAUGCUGACUCUUCAGCAGCACUUGAAUCUCACUGCGAAAGCGUUACUCAGUAAAAUGAAUGAAAAUAAACCUGGUGACUCACAGAACCUUGCUUGUGUUUUCUGUCGGAAAAAUGAUGACUGUCCUAAUAAAUAUGGAGAAAAGAAAACUAAUGAGAAAUGGAAUCUCACUGUCCAUUACUAUUGUUUGUUGAUGUCAAGUGGAAUUUGGCAGAGAGGGAAAGAAGAAGAAGGAGUUUAUGGUUUUCUGAUAGAAGAUAUCAGGAAAGAAGUAAAUAGAGCUUCUAAACUGAAAUGCAGUGUUUGCAAGAAAACUGGUGCUUCAAUUGGAUGUGUUGCACCCCGGUGUAAACGAAGCUACCAUUUCCCAUGUGGACUUCAGAGAGAAUGUAUUUUCCAGUUUACUGGCAAUUUUGCGUCAUUUUGUUGGCAACAUCGACCUGUUCAAAUAAUUCCAUCUAAUAAUUAUAGAGACUCCUUACCAUGCACCAUUUGCCUGGAAUUUGUUGAGCCUGUUCCAACUUAUAAUAUCUUACGAAGUCCUUGUUGUAGGAAUGCUUGGUUUCAUAGAGACUGUUUACAGGUUCAAGCAAUAAAUGCUGGAGUGUUUUUCUUUAGGUGUACAAUAUGUAAUAAUAGUGAUAUCUUUCAGAAAGAGAUGUUGAGAAUGGGCAUUCAUAUUCCUGAAAAAGAUGCAUCUUGGGAAUUAGAAGAAAAUGCUUAUCAAGAUCUUCUGCAGUACCAUGAGCAUUGUGAUGUCCGAAGAUGUCGUUGCAAAGAAGGGCGAGAUUAUAAUGCACCUCAUAGCAAAUGGGAAAUAAAACGCUGUCAGUGUUGUGGUUCUAGUGGAACACAUUUAGCCUGUUCCUCACUACGAUCAUGGGAACAAAAUUGGGAGUGUUUGGAAUGUAGAGGUAUUAUCUACAACUCAGAUUUCCAAAAAGCAAAAAAGCAUGCAUUACCCAACUCUAAUGUGGGGAUUACUGAUUGCUUGUUGGAAGAGUCAUCACCUAAGCUACCCAGACAGUCACCGGGACCUCAGAGCAAAGAUCUGAUAAGGCAAGGCAGCAAGUUUAAAAGAGAUAUCUCAACUAUACUGAUAGAGUUAGGAUUCCAAAUUUAAAAAAAAACUAAAAGAUUAUGUAUCAACUAAGCCAAUAUCUGGAAUAGUGCCGUAGAUGAAUUCAGAAAUCGAAACUUUAACCCUUCAUACACAAUCGAAGUAGUGUAUGUAAAUGAAAAUGAUCAUUUUGGAAGAGAACAUCCUGGAUCAAAGCAAGAAUUUCUAAGUCUCUUAAUGCAGCAUCUUGAGAAUUCAUCACUGUUUGAAGGGUCCUUGUCAAAGAACUUGUCUCUAAAUUCUCAAGCUCUGAAAGAAAAUCUUUACUAUGAAGCUGGUAAAAUGCUUGCCAUUUCAUUGGUUCAUGGUGGUCCUUCACCUGGUUUCUUUUCUAAAACUUUGUUUAACUGCCUUGUUUAUGGGCCAGAAAAUACUCAACCAGUUUUAGACGAUGUUUCAGAUUUUGAUGUGGCACAAAUUAUAAUCAGGAUAAAUACUGCAACAAAUAUGACUGACUUAAACUCAGUAAUAAAUGAAUGCUAUAACUACCUAGAGCUUAUUGGAUGUCUAAGACUUAUAACGACAUUAAGUGAUAAGUAUAUGUUGGUAAAAGACAUACUUGUCUACCAUGUAAUUAAGAGAGUCAAAGCACCCUUUGAAAGUUUUAAGGAGGGUCUGAAAACUCUUGGUGUUUUGGAAAAAAUCCAGAUGUAUCCAGAAGCAUUUUGUAGCAUCCUUUGUCAUAAACCUGAGAAUCUUUCUGCAAAAAUCCUUAGUGAUCUUUUUCCAGUACACACAUUAUCCGAUGUACAAGCUUUGGAGUUUUGGAAUAGUUACUUACAGACUGUUGAGGAUGGUAAAUCUGCAACAACAAUGGAAGACAUUCUUGUUUUUGCAACUGGUUGCAGUUCCAUUCCUCCUGCUGGAUUUAAACCUAGUCCUUCUAUUGAGUGCCUCCAUAUGAAUUUUCCUGUUGGAAACAAGUGUAAUAACUGUUUAGCUCUUCCAAUCACCAAUUCCUAUGAAGAGUUUCAAGAAAAUAUGGACUUCGCCAUAAGAAACACUCUAAGACUAGAAAAGGAAGAAAGUUCUCACUACAUCCGACAUUAAAAUGUUUCUUUGAAAAAAGAAAUGCUUCAUUAAAAGCUGCUAUUGAUAACUUCCUUUUGUUUUAGAAGUCUGUUCAUAACCACUUUGAACAAAUUUUUUAUCUUUGGCCCAAUAAAAAUUAUGAUAUAA